AUGAUGAUGAAGCCACACGAGGACGACGGCAGCGGUCGCAGUGGUGGCAGUGGCGGUCAUGGCCGCAGUGAUGAUCUGCAGCAACAGCAGGAGCAGGAGCAGCAGUUGCAACAGCAGGAGCAGCAGCGAGAGGCGUUGCUGCAACAGUUGAGGACAAGGGUGGUGGUACUGGGGGCGGUGAUUGAGGAUGAGCCAGAAGAAACAGUGGCAUCAGUGGAAUCGACUGGGGGGAAGGAGAGCAAUGUGGACAAGGGCGAAGAAGAUGCAUCUAAGAAGAAGGCAGGGAGCAGCAGUAGUAGUGGUAACAGCAGCAGCAGCAGCAGCAGCAGCAGCAGCAGCAGCAGCAGGAGAAGAAGAAGAAGAAUACAAAGGCCAGUGCCAUGCUGCACGCUGCUGGCCGGACCACGACACAGUGGCAAGACGAGACUCGUUGAGGAGUUGAUGGCAUCCACGCCAUCAUGGCGUGUGCGCCGCCUGCAGCUGCUGAACAAGUUUGAAGAUGCUGCAAACUGGCCUCGCACGGUUUCGGAACUAGAUCGUGCAAAGGGCGAGCUGGAAGCAUCCUUGUCGACAGCACAACCACCAGCACAUGGCACACCAUCAUCACCGCAGCUGCUCGUGCUGGACAACGUGGACACGCUGAAAUGGAAGCACAACUUGCUGCAGGCUGUUCUGCAGCUCAUCGACACAGCCCUCGCCAAUAACGUUGCUGUGAUCGGCACGUGUCGUCGCCCAGGGCUGGUGGCACGUGCGCUGCUCAGUCCGCCAUACUUUGACACCCGCAUCGACCUACGACCACCGCCGCCGCCACCACCACCACAGCAGCAACAGCACGGAGCACCAGCACCGCCAUCGUCGUCACGGUUGCCACCCCUGUUGACCUGCACACCACCACCACCAUCAUCGUCGUCGUCGUCGUCGUCGCAGUGGGCGCCGCUGCUGCACCCGAGCCGCAACACCGUGCCGCCCUGCGCGUUUGCCGGUUACCAGAGCACGCACGCGCGGGUGAUGGCUGUUGUUGAGAGCUGGCGGCGAGGGUCGUUGCAGGCGCUUGGGCUGACGCCGCCGUCGGGGCUGCUGCUGCAUGGGCCCCCAGGCUGCGGCAAGACCCUGCUCGCCCUCACCAUCAUCAACCGCCUCAACCUCCCCGUCUUUGCCGUUUCCGCGACGGACGUGUUCAGCAAGUAUCUCGGGGAGACGGAGGAGAACAUACGGCGCCUGUUUUCCUCUGCCCGCAGCGCCCGCCCGUCUGUUGUUCUCUUUGACGGCAUCGACGCCUUUGCGCCAACCAGGGCCGCCGCAGCACACAGCAGGUACGGGAAAGAGGAUGUGGAGUGGCUGGUGCAGCAGACCAGCGGCUUCUCAGGCGCUCGCAUCCACCAGCUCCUCUCCAAGGCGUAUCUUGAAGCGUGGCAUGCAUCAGAACCCACCAUCAGCAGGGAUGUGAUGCACCAGUUAUUGUCUUGAUGCAUCCACACACCAUACAUACACACGUACACAUAUCCAUGCAUACAAACACUGCUGUGGGCAUUGUGCAAUGUUGUCUUCUACAGUUGUGACAUCAUCAAUAAAUAAAG